AUGGCUACACAAGAUCGCAAACUUCCCCUUGGGAAGAUCGAGCCCAAUUCGCUCAAGUAUUUCCUCAGCUGCGGCCUAGGUGGAAUCAUCGGACCAACCCAUACAGCAGUCACACCCCUCGACCUAGUAAAAUGCCGUCGCCAGGUUGACCCAAAGAUCUACACCUCCAAUCUACAAGCAUGGCGUUCAAUUUUCGCCAAGGAAGGCAUGCGAGGUGUCUUCUUCGGCUGGUCUCCGACUUUCCUAGGCUACUCUUUCCAGGGUGCCGGCAAGUACGGGUUGUACGAGUACUUCAAGAACUUGUACGGAGACAAGAUGUUCCCCAACUCAAACCGCACACUGGUUUUCCUCGGCGCCAGUGCUUCUGCCGAAUUCUUCGCCGAUAUGGCCCUCUGUCCAAUGGAGGCUAUCAAGGUCCGCAUGCAGACCACCUUGCCGCCGUAUGCUUCCACUCUGCGCGAGGGCUGGAGCAAGAUUGUCGCCAAGGAGGGCUUCGGCGGUCUGUACAAGGGAUUGUAUCCCCUUUGGGCACGACAGAUCCCGUACACGAUGACCAAGUUUGCGACGUUUGAGGAGACGGUCAAGGCCAUUUACAAGACCAUGGGGAAGCCGAAGGAGGAGUAUGGUCAAUUGACCCAGACUGGUGUUAGCUUCUUGGGUGGUUAUAUUGCUGGAAUCCUCUGUGCUAUUGUUAGCCAUCCGGCAGAUGUCAUGGUCAGCAAAUUGAAUGCCGAUCGGAAAGCUGGCGAAGGUGCAAUGACGGCUGUAUCGCGGAUUUACGGAAACAUUGGAUUCUCCGGUCUGUGGAAUGGUCUGCCUGUUCGUAUUGUGAUGUUGGGUACUUUGACCGGUUUCCAAUGGCUCAUUUAUGACUCGUUCAAGGUAUUCCUCGGUCUUCCUACCACUGGGGGUCACUAA